CCAAGAGUCCCUAUGAUCUUUCCCUCUCUGCUGCUUGAUCCUGGUUGCCAUGGGCUUCCCACCUCCCACCCCCCAGGUCGUAAGUUCCUGAUCGCCAAUGCUCAGAUGGAGAACUGCGCCAUCAUUUACUGCAACGAUGGCUUCUGUGAACUCUUCGGCUACUCCCGAGUGGAAGUGAUGCAGAGACCGUGCACCUGCGACUUCCUCACAGGCCCCAACACCCCACGCAGUGCCAUGUCCCGCCUGGCGCAGGCCCUGCUGGGGGCCGAGGAGUGCAAGGUGGACAUCCUCUACUACCGCAAGGAUGGUGAGGUGCCCUCAGGCCACAGGUUCUGCAAGGCAGGCUUGGCCCCUCUCUUGUCCAGGCAGAGUGACCAUGGGAAGGGCACUGACCCAGAGGACCAAAGGGUCUGGAUAAAUCUUGUCUCUUCUCUGGGCCUCUGUUUCCUCAUCUGUAGGGUGAAGUGAUGGACACUGGAUGAAAUGCCUUCUGAGGUCCCUUUCAGAGGCCAGGGACCAGACUGAGCCACCAACUGGUCCUGGCCCCAUGCAGGGCCUCCCACACCACCAUCCCUCCCCCAUGUCCCUGGUCUCCUGGCUGUCCACUCUGUCACUGUCAGCCCCAGCUGUCAGGCAGCUGGGAUGGAAAUUAACCUUUACUCAUCUCCAUCUGCUCUGGGGAUUAGGGGAGGAGUCACCCCCUCAAGGCCUCUGUGGCGAGGCAAGGCAAGGGGCAGCUGGCUUGAAAAGAGUGCUGGGUCUGGCUCACCAAGCCCUAGCUCCCUGGGGAGAUAGGGUCUGGAGUUUGCCAUGACCUGGAGGCUCAUCCUGUUUGGGAUGUUAUUGCCAGCCCAAGCUUACUGCAAACAGAACAAAAGCAUAGGUCAGGGGCUGAGGAUGAAAAAUCAUGAAGCCCUUUAAGACCCUCCCCCCAGUGCUUCACUGGAUCCGUGAGGGGAGGGAAGAGAGGAGUGGGAAUUAGGAUCCUGAAAGUCCCUUUGAAAUCACCUGGAUCAAUGGCCCCACCAGCCUGGUUCUGAAUCAGAAUUACCUGGAGCUUGUUUUCCAAAACACACCUUCCCUAGAGAGAGGCUGACUCAGAGGUGUGGAGGGAGGACAAAGCAGGUGUAUUUGUAAAAAUCUCCCUGGCAGUUUGGGUGUUUUGCCAAGUUUAGGAGCCACUGGCUUAGAUAAAUCCCUUCCUUUCAUGGAUGAAGAAACCAAGGCCCAAGAAAAAGAAGGGGCUUGGCCAAGAUUCUACUGCUUGGGUCCAAACUGGGACUGGACCCCAAAUCUCUGGAUUCUUCCCUCAGAGAUAUCUGGUCUGAAUAAUCCCAAGAGGGGAGAAAGGAACCCAACAGCCUCUGUGUUUGGAGGCAGGACUCUGGGGGAAGGAAGCCUCAGAAGAGGGCCUUCCCUGGGGAAGAAGGAAUGAGGACCACUGGAGUGCAGGUAAAGGGCAGGCACUGGGGCUGAGGGGUGCUGACAGCCGGGUAGCAGGGGCCUCGUGUGUGUGUGUGGAGCAUGAGUGUAAGUGUGAACCUGAGCAUGUGUAUGUGUGUUUAAGGGCUUCCGGGUGCUUCCUGGGCAGGUCCUGGCUGUACCUCUGGCUGUCCCCUGCUGCUGCCACCCAUGUGAAUGGGGUAGUGAUUAGGGGACUAGGAAGAACCUGGCUUAGCUUGGCAGCGCUCACAGGGUUAAUGAAGUUAGAAUAUUUUUAAAAGCUGUGACCUCACCUCCUCACAUCACUACAGAGAGGAGGUGACAGUCAAAGGAGUGAGAAGGGUCCCAGGGGAACAGGGUGGGACAGCAGGAAAUGAUAGCGGACAACAAGUCCUUCUCUGUCCCUCCCCUUGACCCCAGAGCUCUACCUGGGCCCCAGAGGGGUGAGGACUGACCACAGACUCCUAGUGAUGUCAAAUCAGAGCUCUUAGGGUCUCCUCAGCACCCUGCAUGUGCCUGGGCAGGGGGUAGAGGUCAAGGCCAAGCCUUGACCCUCAGAUCAGGACUCCGGUCUUCAGAACCCUGCUGGGGUCCUCUAGCAAUCAGAAGGGGCCCUAGAGACCUAGUCUUGGAGGUUGUCCCUGGGUGAAAAUGAAAAAUUACCCACAUGCCUGGUGCCCCAUAAAUCCCAGUCUACUCCCACCCCCAUCCUAAGCCCUUCCCUGUCCUAUAGUCCAAGACUUUGACCACCUGGACCUGCCCCAAAUUGGCCUGAAACCCAGAAAGGGGAACCUCCUGGCUUGCAUUCCCCUAAGGGAAGGAUGUAAUGCUCAGAUAACUUAUGUUCACCUUAUGGUCCACUCUGACUGCAUGAUUGUUUUUUAUCAUAGUCACAUACAUUUUAUAGUCCUGCUGGAGGGCAUCCUAAUGAUGAUUUCUUCCCUCCUCACGAUACCUCUUCUCCCCCGCUCUUUCCCCCCUCUGACUCCAGGGAGGUGAGAAGGGAAGGGGUCCUGGACAGAAUUCUAGCUGAUUUAUAAUCCUCUUUUCCUCUAGAGGGGUAAUCCACUGACAGUUCUCUAAGUCAAAGUAGAAGGUCUGUGUCCACAUAUCUCCACAUUGUGCAGCUGUGUAAAGUUGGGCUCAAAGAGGCCAGGGCAUUUGACAAAAAUUACCCCAUGAGACAGGGCUCAGAGACCCCUGAGAAACUGGCUCUGCCGCCAUCUGCCUUUACUGGGACAAGUAAGAACUUAACAGCUGGAAGGCAUGGGGAUGGCCAUAAGACUAGAACGAACGAAAGUCUGCAGGGAGGGAUGGAGGGCACUCAGAUCUCCCCCCCGGCCCACGCCCCUACUGGGGGCCUGUCAGAGGGGCCCAUCCCUGCCUGCCUUGGCCAGAUCCUCUUCUCUGAUGACCCCAAACCAGAGAGUCCCUUAAUCCGCAAGCCUGGGGAUCCUCUAGUCCUCAGCUCCAGAUCAGGAGGGUAGGGCAAGGGCUGAGGUCUGAGGUCCCAGUGUUUUCUUUACACCCACCCAUGAAUGUCAGAAAGACCAAGUCGGGAGGCGGUGUGGAGCCGCCCUCUCAGUGGCAGCUUUUGUGGCACCAGCUCCUCCCUGAGGGCUCACCACAUGCUGGACGGGGGUGUGUAAAGAGAUGGGGGCAAUAGACAACAGGGAGGCUCAUAGGGGAGGGGCGGGGACUAUAAGAAAUUGAAGGAAGGGACACAUCCAAGACACAGAGCAGAGCGGAGAGCAGUGAGGUGUCCCAGGGGGCAGAUGCGCCUGCUGCCCUUGGUCAGAGAGGUGACCGGGAGGAGCCCCUGGAAGGGAGAAUGAGCACAGCCUGUGGCCCCCCGUCCAGGGAGCGGGCAAGGGCACAGAAACACUGCCACUCCUGGGCACAACCUAGGGUGACCACACUCACCCCCUUCCGGUCACCCGGACACAGGUGCUCAUGAGCAAGGACAGCUUAGGGAUCAGGAAAAGAAUGCUCUGAACUCGUCCAAAUCCUGAUAGCCUCCUGUCUCCACCACCCCACAGGCAGCAAGCGUGAAGGUCAGGCAUAGGGUGUCACGCACGGCCCCCUUCCAGCCCUCACUGCUCUGAUGGGCUGGUCUUUGGUCCAUUCCCAGCCUCAGUUUUCCAAAGAUAGCAUCAGUGGGUACAGACUGGGCCUUGGCAACCCCUAGCAGCAUAGAACCUGGAGGCCCUGCCCUCUGCCCAGGUCUGCCCUCUCCCCGCCUGCUCCCAGGCCAGAUUUCUGCAGUGCCAGAGAGAGUGAGGAGAUAGUCUGGCCUUGGGGGCGGUGUCUCAGGUCACUGGCCAAGGAGGCUUCCUGGGUGGGUCCCAGUACCCAAGCCUCGCCAUGCCCCGGGCUGACAAGAGCACCAGGCUCUGGCCUGGGAGGCAGGCCUACAGCACUGCGAGCCCAGGAGUGGGUCACAGAGGCGAGCGGGUAGCCUCUCCUCGGGGUGGAUGUCUCCCUUGGGGCCCAAUGCAGCAGCUGGCAGAUGGCUGCCUGACGCCUGGUGCCUGGGAGUCCGGGAAUCUGAUCCUGGAGAUUCCUGCUCCCAGGGAGGAACGUGGGAGGGAGGAUGGGGGAAGCUUGGCUGCCCCCCAGCAGUAAUGGUGAGAGGAAGCACACCAGAGGGCAGCUGGGGGAAGCGUGAUUCUGGUGAAACCCAAAGUAGUAAUAAUCCUGUGAGCUAGCCUCCCACCCACUCACAUUUACACACAUUCUUCCAUUCACUCAGUUAACAGCACCUGGAACAGGUCCUGGCAGCUGGCAAAUGAGACAGACACAAACCUGCCUUCUGAUAGUCAUUUUACCUGAGGCCCCUGCCCUUAGCAUCCAUCCUGACCCUUGGGCCUGACACCCACCAACACUUUGAACUGAGGGACAUGGGAUGACCGGGUACCAUGGAGGGGGCUCACGGGGCAUCCAGCCAGCCCACAGACUGGACUCUGGGGUACAGGGAAGUUUUAGCUUGUUUUGUUCCACUCACCUAUGGGAGGGGGAGUGAGACCCUGGAGCAGAGAAAGAGGAAGAGUGGGGUCAAUGGCUGGGUCUGGGCUUCCUGAGAGAGCAGGGAGAGUGGCUGGAGGGCCCAUCCUGCCCCCACCCUGCCAUCUAUCUCCCUCUCCCUCUCCAGACCCCAGGCCACUGCCCUGCCUGCCCCGCCUCCACCCCCAGUCCCAGCACCAGCACCUCUGCCUUGAGACCAUGGGCCCCUUCCAGGCCUGGAGCAGUAGCCUGGCCUUCAUUCCAGUGUCCUCGCUCCAGACAAGUCCCCUCCCCUCUCCAAACUGUUAUGUACUGAGAGCCCAGGGCUCCCCACUCCAGGGCCCCAGCCAGCCCCAGCAAGUCAGUUUCUCAGAACCCCAGGCUCAGCGGAACAGGGGUCCGUGUGGGCCCUCCAGGGAUCCACUGGGUGCCACCACGGAGCUUGCGGCCUCAUGUGCCAACUGGCUCAGUGCCCAGCACUCAGUAUGUUCUCAACAGUGAGUUCCUUCCAGCAUCAGGGGAGCAGGACAUCUUUGUGAGACGGGAAUAUGGGAGCUGAACCCAGGGCCAGCCAGAGCUACAUGGGGGUAGAACACCCGACCUCACCUCCCCACUUAAUCCACCCCCAUCUGCUCGGCUUUAAUUACAGCAGAAGCGAACCUCAAGGUUAAGCCCUGAGCUGAGGGCUGAGUGUGGACUUGGGCCCGAUGCUACAUUAUUUUCUAAUGAGAAGCUUAGCUGCUCUCUCCACCUCUGCCCUGUGGGUGGGGCACCUGCUGGGCAGUGUCACCAACCCUCUGCCCAAUAGCUCUGGUGACUCUGCAGGCCUCCUCACCCCCCACGGCUGCUCUUAACUUGACCUUAACCCAGAUCACUCCCUAGCUUCCCCAGGCCAGGUUCCUGCAGGAGAGGACCCCUCCAGUGACACCCCCUCCCCACGGUGUUUGCAGCCUCCAGCUUCCGCUGCCUCGUGGAUGUGGUGCCCGUGAAGAAUGAGGAUGGGGCCGUCAUUAUGUUCAUCCUCAACUUUGAGGACCUGGCCCAGCUCCUGGCCAAGCGAGGGAGCCGCAGCCUGUCCCAGCGCCUGCUGUCCCAGAGCUUCCUGGGCUCCGAGGGCUCUCAUGGCAGGCCGGGUGCACAGGGACCUGGCCCGGGCAGGGUCAAGUACAGGACCAUCAGCCAGAUCCCGCAGUUCACACUCAACUUCGUGGAAUUCAACCUGGAGAAGCACCGCUCGGGCUCCACCACGGAGAUUGAGAUCAUCGCACCCCACAAGGUGGUAGAGCGGACCCAGAACGUCACCGAGAAGGUCACCCAGGUGCUGUCCCUGGGUGCGGACGUGCUGCCGGAGUACCAGCUGCAGGCACCGCGCAUCCACCGCGGGACCCUCCUGCACUACAGCCCCUUCAAGGCCGUGUGGGACUGGCUUAUCCUGCUGCUGGUCAUCUACACGGCCAUCUUCACGCCCUACUCGGCCGCCUUCCUGCUCGGCGACCAGGACAAGCCUCAGCGCGCGGACUGUGGCUACACCUGCAGCCCGCUCACCACGGUGGACCUCAUCGUGGACAUCAUGUUCGUCGUGGACAUCGUCAUCAACUUCCGCACCACCUACGUCAACGCCAACGACGAGGUGGUCAGCCACCCCCGCCGCAUUGCCGUCCACUACUUCAAGGGCUGGUUCCUCAUCGACAUGGUGGCUGCCAUCCCCUUCGACCUGCUCAUCUUCCGUACUGGCUCUGAUGAGACCACAACCCUGAUCGGGCUGCUGAAGACGGCUCGGCUGCUACGGCUGGUGCGUGUGGCUCGCAAGCUGGACCGCUACUCUGAGUAUGGGGCAGCAGUGCUCUUCCUGCUCAUGUGCACCUUUGCACUCAUCGCACACUGGCUGGCCUGCAUCUGGUACGCCAUCGGCAACGUGGAGCGGCCCUACCUGGAACCCAAGAUCGGCUGGCUGGACAGCCUGGGAGCGCAGCUCGGCAAGCGCUACAAUGGCAGCGACCCAGCCUCAGGCCCCUCGGUGCAGGACAAGUAUGUCACGGCCCUGUACUUCACCUUCAGCAGCCUCACCAGCGUGGGCUUCGGCAACGUCUCACCCAACACCAACUCUGAAAAGGUCUUCUCCAUCUGCGUCAUGCUCAUCGGCUCCCUCAUGUACGCCAGCAUCUUCGGCAACGUGUCGGCCAUCAUCCAGCGCCUGUACUCGGGCACGGCGCGCUACCACACGCAGAUGCUGCGAGUCAAGGAGUUCAUCCGCUUCCACCAGAUCCCCAACCCGCUGCGGCAGCGCCUUGAGGAGUACUUCCAGCACGCCUGGUCCUACACCAACGGCAUCGACAUGAACGCGGUGCUGAAGGGCUUCCCCGAGUGCCUGCAGGCCGACAUCUGCCUGCACCUGCACCGCGCGCUGCUGCAGCACUGCCCGGCCUUCCACGGCGCCAGCAAGGGCUGCCUGCGCGCGCUCGCCGUCAAGUUCAAGACGACGCACGCGCCGCCUGGGGACACUCUGGUGCACCUCGGCGACGUGCUCUCCACGCUCUACUUCAUUUCCCGCGGCUCCAUCGAGAUCCUGCGCGACGACGUAGUGGUGGCCAUCCUCGGAAAGAAUGACAUCUUUGGGGAGCCCGUUAGCCCCCAUGCCCGGCCGGGCAAGUCCAGUGCAGACGUACGGGCCCUGACCUACUGUGACCUGCACAAGAUCCAGCGGGCAGACCUGCUGGAGGUGCUGGACAUGUACCCCGCCUUCGCAGACAGCUUCUGGAGUAAGCUGGAAGUCACCUUCAACCUGCGGGAUGCAGGCGAGGGUCUCCAGUCAUCACCCCAACAGGCCCCAGGCAGCCAGGACCACCAAGGCUUCUUCCUCAGUGACAACCAGUCAGGUGCAGCCCCUUCCCUGAGCAUCUCAGAUGCAUCUGGCCGCUGGCCUGAGUUGCUGCAGCAAGUGCCCCCCAGGCCAAGUCAGAGCCCCCCAAACCCUCAGGGAGACCCAGACUGCUGGCCUCGGGAGCUAGGCUCCAGGCUAGAGCAGCUCCAGGCCCAGAUGAACAGGCUGGAAUCACGCAUGUCCUCAGACCUCAGCCGCAUCCUGCAGCUCCUUCAGCAGCCCCCGCCCCAGGACCACACUGGCUACAUUCUGGGAGCCCCUGCCUCCAAUGACCUGGCCUUGUCUCCUUCAACCUCAGCAACUCAGAGUCCAGGAACUAGACUACUACCCCAGGGCGAUCUGCCCCCUGCACAGGCCCCCAGUUAUGGUGACCUGGACAAAUGGAGGCCGAAGCUCGGGAACUCCUCCUCCAGGAUGCUGGCCCCAGCCACAGAAAUGGACAAAACUACAACACCGUCCUCAGAACAGAAGCAGCCUGAGGGGCUCCCGUCACCCUUGGCCUCGCCUCUGCAUCCCCUGGAGGUACAGGGACUUGUCUGUGGUCCUCACUUUCCCUCGCUCCCUGAACACCUCAGCUCUGUCCCCAAAUAGCUGGAGUUCCAGAGACAUGGCUCAGAUCCUGGAUUUGUGAGGAGCUAGAGCCACUGUACCCCAAGAUAAUAGACACCAGGAAGGAACUGAAGGCGGGUGAGGCGACAGUUAAGGAUUUGGGGGAGGCAGACAGCCUGUAAACUGAAAACCAUUUACCUAGAGUAGCUACAAACUGCCAAUCCAGGUGACCCAAGAUGGCUUGGGCCAAGAGGCUCAGGACUUCUCCCAACCUCCCGCAGGUCUCUAUUUAGACAGCAGGCCUGGUGGAGGGGGGGUGAGCCUCAGGUGUAGAGGUAGCUUAUGGGACAGAGGGCUCAGUGAAGAACAGAGACCUUCCUGAUCUACUGUGUGAGAGCCUUGCUCUGUGCCAAGUACGAUCACCUCCCAGCUCAGAACUCUCCCCCACCACCCAGCCAGCCCCCAAGGUUGGUCAAGACCUCCCGCCGAGAGCUUGUGAACCAGCUGGAGAUGAAAGUGUCCUCUGUAGUGGACACAUCAGGGACAGAACUCCAGCCCCCAGCCACUCUGCCCCUGAUGGUUCUGUGAGGACCUUUGGGACCCUAGGGGACAAUGGAGUGAGUGUCUCAGAGCUAAUAAAGUCUGCACACUUCAUGUUGGGCUGGGUGUGUAACUUACGUAGGGUCAUCAGGUCCUUGAUUGUGCUGUAACUGACAGCUGUGAUCUUCUCCAAGUCCCUCUCCCAAGGACCUGUGUGUUGGGGACCUGAAGGUGGAUCUACCAUGUUCAGGAGUCCCCGGAACAGGGGGCUUUUAGCCAGGCUGGGGUGAAGGGAAGCAGAGAGGCGCUGGCGUGGUGGCCAUAGGGAAUCAUGACAACAGCCAGCGCUUCCAUAGCACUCACCCUGUGUUGGGGGACACCGUGCUGACUGCCCUGCAGAUAUUAGUUCAUCAACUCUUUACAACAACUAUAUGGGGUCAGUAUUAUUAUCCCCAUUUUAAAGAUGAGGGAUCAGAAGCAGAGAGACACUAAGAAAUUUACCCAAGCAGGAGGGGAACUUCUGGGGUGCUGGUACUCUUCUAUUUCCUGAUCUAAGUGCUGAUUGCAUCAAUGUGUUUCAGGUUGUAAAAACAUGUGCACUUCUAUGUGUAAACUAUACUUUGAUUUAAAAAAAAUAUUUCCCAAAAACAUAUCAAAAGGAGGACAUAAUUUCAACACAGAUGGUCUGGUUUGAGAACAUGUGCAGUCAACUACUCCACUGAAAUUGGCUGUUGUCCAGAAAAGUCAGUGGUCCUGUCCUUUUGCAGUACUCCCUAAAAGAAUUUUGAAAAUCUAUUUUCCCCUCACACAUUUUUAGUUGACAUCUGAAGUAUUUCCUGAUAAGUUUAAAUAGUUGAAGAGGACAGGACUUCCCUGGUGGUGCAGUGGUUAAGACUCUGCCUGCCAAUGCAGGGGACAUGGGUUCAAGCCCUGGUCUAGGAAGAUCCCACAUGCCACGGAGCAACUAAGCACAUGCGUCACAAUUACUGAGCCUGCGCUCUAGAGCCUGCAAGCCACAACUACUGAGCCCAUGCGCCUAGAGUCCGUGCUCUGCAACAAGAGAAGCCACUGCAAUGAGAAGCCCACACACCGCAACGAAGAGUAGCCCCCCCCACUCGCCACAACUAGAGAGACCCAACGCAGCCAAAAAAAUGAAUGAAUAAAUUUUUAAAAUAAAUAAAUAGUUGCAGAGGACAUAAUUUCCAGUGUGUUGUAAAUAUUGACACUUUAUAAACUGUUGCAUUCAUAUCAAUCUAUUUCAAUCCAAAUAGCAGUGAUUCAGAAGCCAAUAUCAUUCAUUUAAAAACAGGAGAGCAAGCUCUUCUUUAACAUAGUUCCUUUUUCUCUGCUCAUAAUUCCACUCUAUUCCAUCCACAGUUUAUCUGACAUGUAAUUUAUUUCCAUGCUUGAAAGUCUAUUAUUAAUAACCUCAUCAUAUCUGUUUGGAAAACACGCUCGCUGCAAAUAGAGAAAGCCCACACGCAGCAAUGAAGACCAAACACAGCCAAAAAGAAAUAAAUAAAUUUAUAAAAAAUAAUAAAAAAAAAUUUUUUAAGUAAUUGUAACCUUACUAAGGCUUUAAGGGUUACACUUAUUAGUACUAGGUUUUUCAA